CUUAAUGAAUUCAUGUGUUCAUUAUAUCAUCCGUAUAAAUCUUUUGAUCUGCAUAUCUCUCCGUUUAAUUGAUAUCUUUCCGUUUCUCGCUUCUUUUUCUCCGCCGGCGUCCUUCCAUUUCGCCGGCUGCUAUCGAACCCUAACCCGCGACGACUCCACCGUCUCCGGCGUCUUCUUCUUCCGGCGAAACCGGUAACCGUAUCUUUUGUUUCUAUAGAAUUAGCUUCAUGAUGGCGGAUACUGAAAUGCAAGAGCAAGAUGUGCCGUCUGGUACCAAAGGUGUUGUAGAGGAGCCUUCAGAACUAGAGAAAGACCUAAACUCUAUUGAAAGACCUAAGUCCCCUGUUCCAGAGGAUACGACUCAUACUUUGGAUAGUGAUGUUCAUUUAUCUGAUGCUCCCAUUGCUAAUCAAAUUGAGGCUAAUGAAGAGGUUGGUGGUCAGAACAGUGUUGAUGGGAGGAAUGGUGAUGUUGAUCAGUCUGAAAAGAAGAUUACUAGUGAUGGCGGUCAAGAGGAGACAACACUUGGGGAAUCAAAUCCUUUGAAGGGGGAUCCGUCGAGUCCUCAUGUUCCUGAAGAAAGUGUUAAGAAGUGGAAGACAUGGUUGUUGAGUGAUGCUGAGGCCAGGGAAGUUGAUGAAGCAGGGGCACCACAGGAUCAAGAGGCGUUUAUUAAAGAAGUGGAGGCCUUCAACAAGGAGAAUUUCCUGGAAUUUAAAGCCCCAAAGUUUUACGGACAGCCCUUAAAUUGUCUCAAGCUUUGGAGAGCCGUUAUCAAGUUAGGUGGCUACGAUGUGGUCACCACAUCUAAGCUAUGGCGGCAAGUUGGAGAAUCGUUCCAUCCUCCAAAAACAUGCACUACAGUCUCCUGGACAUUCCGCAUUUUCUAUGAAAAGGUGAAUUUCAUUUUUGGUCUAAGUACUGAAUAUGCAUUGAUAUUAAUGAGGUUGUACUUGUUCAGUUUAGCACUUUUGGAGUAUGAGAAGCAUUUAAGGCAAAAUGGUGAGCUUAACCUUCCUGGUUCAGCUUCUCUUCCGUCUUCAGGCAUUGAAAAGGAGGCAAGUAGCCAUCAAGCUUCAGGGUCAGGCAGAACAAGAAGAGAUGCUGCAGCUCGUGCUAUGCAAGGUUGGCAUUCUCAGCGCCUUCUUGGAUCUGGGGAGGUUACUGAGCCUAUUGUUAAGGAGAAAGGCUUGAAUUCAACCCCAAAGCAAAAGAACCUCAAAAACAUUGGUGUGCAGAAACAAAAAACAACAACCGGCAUGGACCUUGUUUUUUCACACGAAUCAGAAAAACAGUCAACUGCCGAGGUUAUAGAUGUUGGACCCCCUGCAGACUGGGUGAAGAUCAAUGUCAGAGAAACUAAAGACUGCUUUGAGAUAUUUGCCCUGGUACCUGGACUUCUUCGCGAAGAGGUCCGUGUUCAGUCAGACCCUGCAGGGCGGCUAGUUAUAGCAGGCCAACCUGAGCAACUUGACAAUCCUUGGGGAAUCACACCCUUCAAAAAGGUUGUGAACUUUCCCGCAAGAAUCGAUCCGCUGCACACGUCAGCGGUUGUGAGCCUGCAUGGUCGACUGUUUGUGCGAGUCCCAUUUGAGCAUAGAGAAAUGAAUAUUGAUGUUCCAUAUAAAGUUAGUAAGGAAGCUGUUCCUUAUACCUUCAAGUAUGCAACCAACAAUCACAGUGUCUGGUAUAUAUCUUUUAGAAAAUGAAGUUUUCAUCUGUUUUCUCUGUUUAUUUCAGUUUCAGGUUUCACAUAAAGAAAACUUACAAUUUAUAGUUCAAUCAAGUUAAAUGGCUCCUAUUGUAGGAGAGUACUGAAGUUUUAUGGGCUGGAAGCUUUUGGGUUGAGUUAAAUGGCCUGAAAAUUAGGCCUUAGAUGUGUCGUGUUGCUUUCGUGAUCCACAAUUGCAUUCAUAUAUAUAUAUAUAUAUAUGAUGAGGAAAGUCAAGAAAAUUUUUUUUGAAGAAAAAAACUAAACAUAUUAUUGCAACUUCCAAUUUGCAUUAGACCCAAUAUUAUAUAUUUACAUCUAACACGUUUUGUGAUUUUUA